AUGUGCUACUUCGAGCAAACACGCUGGAAUUGCGGCUACUGGCGCUGGGGUCAUUUCCGUCAGCAAUGUACCAAAGAGUAUAGAACUGGCGAGACCUGCGGGUUAAAGUUGGUGUAUAACACCAACCAGGAGUUGGACAUUUGCAAGCUGUGCAAGGACAUCGAGAAGAAACAACGCAAAUACAAGAAACUCGAAAGCGACAUCUACCGAUGGCAGAGAGAAGGCAACCGCACCGCGACGAUCGAAAAGGCCGAGAGAGACAUGGGAGAGGUCAGUGAGGCAAUCCACAACAUGGUCCAGCAGCACGACCAACGGCUAUAUUCGACGAUUUGA